GGUGACGGUGUUGAGCGAAAUGAGUUGCCUGUUGUCAUAUGAUAGUAGGAGAUAUUUUGUAAAGUCAGAGAGAAAUCACCCACAGAAAACUCCUUGCAUUGGUGACUGUAGUGGUUGUCAAAUUUUGACUAUGUAUGUGCAGGGAAGGGUUAUCUCGUAGCCAACACGUGAUCCAUUUGAAGAGACCCAAGUAUGACCACACAAGUUUUUAGGUACUGAAAGAGUCUGUUGUGGCAAGAGUGUUAUCGCUGAUAGAGAUUUCAGCAAGGUGCACACGGCUUCUUAUAACAACAGUAUUGGUAAUUACGACGAAUCAGGAUGUCAUCAGACGCCUGCAAUCUGACCUUUGCAGGGACCUCAUUCAUGGGGGUCUACAACAUAGGCUCAGCGAUCUGCCUCCUGGACCAUGGUAAAGAAUUAAUCCGUAAGAUCAACUGCUACGGUGGUACAUCGGCUGGAGCCAUCACCGCCUGCAUCAUGCUCAGUGCACCAGAGAGACUACCGGAGUACCUGCGAUCGAUCUUUGACCUUUCUGCAUCAAUAACGGCUAUGACCUCUGGUGCCGUGACCCCUGGAUAUGACCUCAUGAGUGACAUCCGGAAGAUCCUCCAAUCACACUUAAAGGACGAUGCGCAUGUCCGUUGCUCGGGUCGACUCCACGUACCCAUCAUGGAACUGGUCUCAGUGACCCCUGACCCGAGAUGCAAAACGACGGCCAUUAUUCCGCAGCCGACUAAGAAGCCAAAUGUUCUUGAAUUUGGCGGGAAAAUUUGGGCGUGUGGAGAGAAGAAAAUUGUGACGUCAUUCAGCUCAAGGGAAGAAUUAAUAGAGGUUCUGUUGGCAGGUACAUACGUGCCUUGGUUUAGUGACUGGAAGGCCCCGUCGUACCAGGGGAAGUUCUGGGUCGAUGGUUCACUUCUCAACACAACCCCCGGUGGAAUCGAGGAUCUUCAAUUUCCAGAGGGGACCCUCAUAACAAUUUCCCCGAACAAACAGGCCGCCCACUAUCGUCCACAAGACAAUAUCACCACCACCUGGAAAGACAUCAGCCAGGAACGGUUCGAAGCUUCCCCUUUCAAUAUGUACAGGGUUCCGAUCAGCUCCGGGGGGCAACGCGGGGGGUAUGGGUUUGCCCUGAACCCCCCUCCAAAGGACGUACUGCAGAAAGUGGUCCAGACGGGUGAACGAGAUGCGCAGGAAUUUCUGCGGCGCUAUGGAGUGUACGAAGGUCCUAUUGCCGAUCGGCAGCGAACAGACGGCUUAAUUUCCUAAUGUUUUUUUUAAGGCAGUGGACUCUAUUUUUAUUUUAUUUUAUAUAUGCUAGUCGCCAGACAAACAAGG